AUUUGAUAUUAGAUGAGUGAUUUCUAAAGUAGAUAAUAUGUAACAUCUUCAACUUCUUAAAGACAAUAUACCUCAGGCACUAAGGAUAAUAUUAGAAGUGUCACUUAAGACAGAGUGGAAUAAGUAAUUACAAGAGAAACACCAAAAGUUUAAGUAAAUUUAUCUGUUAAUUCAAGCAAACCACUGUUGAAGUCGAAUAAAGAAGUGCUACUAAAAUACCUAGAAUGUAAUCUUAACAAGUUCUAAGAACUUAAACAUAAGGUUUUGUUGGAGGAUAAAGUUAUAUCUCAAAUAUGGCUGCAAUUCCUUAAAUUGGAUAUUAAGGCAAUUAUUCUGUACAAUAGAAUUGUGUUGCUGCAUAACCUCUAUGCAUGAAUGUUAUUGUAGUUUCAAAAGAAGAAAUUGAAGCACCUUGGAGAUUAGAAUGUGAGUAUUUACAAUCUUUAAUUGCUGAAUUGGAAAAAAGAAAAGAAGUUUAAGUUGUUGAAAAAAUUGUGGAAAAAGAUAAAAUUGUUGUAGAUAACUCUAAAGUAGAACUCUUAGAGGCUCAAUUAAGACAAUUAAGAUUAGAAAAUGAUUCAUUAUAAAUGUAAUUAUAAUCCAUGAGGGGAGAAAUCUAAUUGAGAAGCUCUUAAUCUGAAGAUUUAGCUACUAAAGAAAGAGAAUUUUUUAACAUUAGACUUAAAUUUGAAAGCCAAAUUAAAGAUUUAGAAGAUUAACUCAGAAGAUUGCAAGAUGAAAAUGGUAGAUUGAGAAAAGAAAAUAAUGAAUUACUUAUUAAAUUAAGAGAUUAUGAGGUAUUUAUAUACCUUAUUUAAAAAGACUAAAAUAGCUAUGCUAUCUUCAGAAAUAGAAAGAUUGACUUAUACAAUAAAAGUUAAAGAAGGAGAUCUUGAAGAAUGGAGACUUAGAUGUGAACAAUUAGAAUCUGAAGGAUAAACUGUUAUCUAAGAAAAAGUGACAUAUCUUUCAUCAGAAGUUGAAGUUUGGAAGUAGAAAUUCAUCAAAGUUAAUCACGAUUAUAAUGAAUGCUAAGAAUAAUUAACCAUGUGUCAAGCUGAGUUAGAGGCACUUAAGAAAGGAUAAAAGAAAGUAUACUAUCACUUUAUUUAUUUUUUUAGGAAGUUGUUGUUUCAUCCUCCAGAGUAGUAACUAGAACAGGUGGAACUACUACUACAUCUUCUAUUGGAUAAACUAGAGGUAGUAGAACUUAUGAGUAAUUUUAACCAUGAAACAAAUAAACAUAAAAAUAAUAUUCAG